AUUAGAAAUCGUCAUUGGGCUUCUCACAAAGCUUGCUUCCAGAAACACUAGCGCGCGAAGUUUUUAAGUCUUCUUUAUAUGAUGGAGCAUGGCCUCGACCAGAAUGAGGAAUUCGUGGAUCUAACAUCUUCGGAAAGAUUAUGUUGCGAGUCUUCGAACGGAAGUAGCCCUUCCUACGACGCAAGUGACAGUCUCCUCAAGAAAACGAAGAACCUGUUUUGUUCUGGCGUGUUUUUAAAGGGCUUAGCGCAUGCUGUGGGAUUCUGGAAUCCCAGCAAAGGAUUACGUGCUAUAAUGGCAGUAAUCGUGCUAUUUCUGGAUGUUUAUUUCCUCUUUGAAGCCGUGUACUACGCUUUUCUUUGCGGCCAUUUUAAAACGCCCCUCGAUCGUUGGAUGUGUCCAAAUGAAUCCCAAAACUCAUCAUCAACUCAUAACAUAUCCAUACUUGCUUUUUUACAUGGAAUUGAAUUGAUCAACGUUUUAUCCUCGGUUGCCUGCCUCGCUGUGCUGAUGUCUAAUGCAGCUUUCUUCUGGUGUAUGUGGAACAUGAAAAAUCACGCUGCAAAUUGCAUGACACUAGAGAAGGCUUACUCCUCAGUAGGGCGUUCAUUGUGGGUCCGCCUGAAUUGCACUAUGCUCCUGUUUGCUCUCUCCCUCGUGCUGAUGAUUGUUUGGUUUAAUUUGAUAUUUGAUGGACUAUUUAUAAAUAACCUUUCAAUCUCUCUGGGCAUCAUUCCCCGGUUAGCAACGCUAACUAGUUGUUUUAUAUUUUCUUUGAUCACUAAUGCUAUGAAGGAUUGCGUGACAUCAUGCCACGCAGAAAUUCGAAACUCUAUCAACAGCAGCCUAGAUGACAUCAUACACAUUCAUAAACAUCUUUGUGAGCAGAUCUUCUCUACUUCUGACUCCUUAAAGCCGUGGUUUUUGAUUCACUGGUUUCUAUUGGCUGUAACAGCUGUAAUUUAUGUGGCAGACAUGGUGGAGUUUUUUCAAAAAAAUGCUACAGGGUGGUAUAAUUUCUAGCAAGUUACUCUUAUCAGUGUAAUUUAUUUGUAUGCGUUCGUCUAUCCUAGUUACUGCGCUGCAUCAGUGACUGCAAGAUGCAAUCAAAUGCUCAAGGAAAUUAAUAUGACUUCCAAUGAAGAGUGGGAAACAGGACACCCAUUCCGUAGCCGCACACAACUGGCUCUGUUCAUUCAAUACGCGCAGUACACUGACUGUGGCUUCCGAGCAGGCGAGGUCACCUUUGGCUCCAAUUUUGCGUGGUUUUCAACGCUCAUUGCAAUGUGUGGAGUGGGUGUCAAAGUUCUGUGAUUCAGAAGCUUUCGGUUCGACCUUGUUGAGCUGCGUCGUUGCUGUACUUUGCGUCGUGGCUUCAGAGCGAAGUAGGGAAGUGGAUUACUAUUGUUCUAGUAAUAGGAGUAACGAUUGUUGGCUAAAAACAAAACCGAUCUCGCCUCAUUUUCAUUUUCUGAAAGAGGAUAUCAUUGUGGUGAUCUUAAGACUUGCAUAACAACUUUCUUACUAACGGUCUGUCAUCGACGUUGGACACUCAAACCCUAAAUUGAGUUUGUUUUGAAUUUUUUUUUUUUUUUUGAUGACCACAACUAUUUGUUAGGCAGAAUAAUAGCAUAAACACAAAAUAGUCAAAAAGAGGCAGUACUCUGACCUUUCGAUGCAUCCAUAGAGAGAAUAUUUACAACUGUUUAAGUCUUUCUGCUGAAAAAACAUCUAAGUUAUGCUGAAAUAUAUAAGAUGUUAGUUAGAUGUUGGUAUUAGUUCAUAAAUUAAUCCUAAUCAAAAUCAUUCCUGGGUAAAUUUGUUCAGUUUAUCUUCACUCUAAAGCGUAAUAAAGCA